UUUUAUUGCGAUGAAGACCGAAGAGCGAGCAUAGGGAAGCUCAGCAGCAUUUUGACAUUUGGAGGCAUUUCGGUUCAAAAACGGUAGUACUCCGUACUCGACUUACAGCAAACGCUCAACCGGCCGGCGAGGCGAAAUCGCAACGCGCACCAGCUCACCCAACAACCGGUCGAGGCCAUGGCGGCGGCGCAGAAGCCGGCGAAGCGGCUCGGUGGCAUGGCGGAGGCGCUCGCCAUCGCCGGGGACCUCGGCUUCCCGGCCCCUCCCGCGCAGGAAGAUCAGAACACCGACAAAAGUGAUGACCUGGUGAGGGUAUUAAGGGAGCUGACGGUCGUGCAGCGGAACAUUGCCAAUUUGCAAGUCGAGCUACAAGGCAGAAAGGAUGAUAAAAACAUUGCUCAUUUGACUCAUGUUAGUGAAAUGGAAAAGAAGUGUGAAUCGUUGGCCAGAAUUACUGCUAUUUUGAAAGAUGUUAUUCAAAACAAGGACCGCAUUAUUGCCCGUCUGCAGCAACCUUAUUCGCUUGAUUGCAUUCCUGUUGAAGCUGAAUACCAGAAACAAUUCUCGGAGCUGCUUCUGAAAGCGGCAAGUGACUAUGGGGCAUUGACAGCAUCAGUUGGAGAUUUCCAGUGGAGUCAAAACUUCAGAGAGUCGCCUGCUGUAUGGGGUGAAAUGCUACGACCGAUACCUGCUGCGCUUGCAUCCUGCACCCGGUUCUUCGAGGCCAUGUCUGCGAUGAGGGAAUCCUUUUCUACUCUUCAAACACUACGUGUUGGUCCUUCUCUGUCAAUGACCCCAGGUGGCUCCAGUGAUGAUUCAAAGUUCUUGACGCCACCUCAGUGGAGAGAGGGCUCGAUGCUCAAUAGCUGGAACCAAGUGGACGACGUAAACCCUGAAAGUGAUGGACUCGACAGUGUCAACCAGAGGAGGCUAUCAUGGCCAUCCUCUAUUAACAGGGACCUGUAGGUCACAGCUCACCAAGCUAAUACCCACAUGUUUGCAUUCUGUAUAAAUAGGAUUGCCGAGGCUUGUCUUCGGUUUCAUUCUGUGCGGUUUCUUCUGGUCGCUGGCAAAAGCUAUUAUGAGAAAUUGGAACUAAGUAAAUUACCAGUUGGCUAUCCAACAGUAGAUUGCAAUA